AUCUGUAUCGCGGGGGGGGGCGGGGGGGGUGACACUGUCCGUCUGUCCCUCUGUCUGUCCGUCCCACCGCAGGAUGAGCGCGGCCGCCAGCCCCGAGCCCCUACCUGAGCCCCCCGGGCCCCGCUUUGGGGGGGGCUCGGCCCAGGACCCCCCCGGAGACCCCCCUGGGGAUCUGCGGGCACGAAACGAGCUGCGGGGGGACGUCGGUGUCACCGAGCAGAGGAAACGGGUGACAAUGAUCCUGCAGAGCCCGUCUUUCAGGGAGGAGCUGGAGAGCCUCAUCCAGGAGCAGAUGACGAAGGGGAACAACUCGUCCCACGUCUGGGCCCUGCGGCAGAUCGCUGACUUCAUGGCCACCACGUCCCCCGCCACCCUCCCCACCUCCCCGCUCGGGCUGGUGGCCGUGACCCCCAUCAACGACCUGCAUGGGGCAGAGGGGCCGGCGCUGGCGCGGGGGGAGCGGCUGAUGCGCUGCAAGGUGGGGGCUCUGCACCGCCUGCUGGACCUGUACGGGUGGGCACAGCUGGGACACGCGGCCGUCACCCUGCGGGUCAGCAAGGAGCAGGAGCACUUCUUGGUGGCCCCGCAGGGCCUGGCGUGCAGCGAGGUGACAGCAGCCAGUCUGGUGAAGGUGAACGUGCUGGGGGCCGUGGUGGAGCCGGGCAGCACCGGCUUCUCCCCCGACACCCGCAGCUUCGGCCUCCACGCCGCCAUCUACGCCGCGCGGCCCGACGCCCGCUGCAUCAUCCACCUGCACACGCCGGCCACGGCUGCCGUGUCGGCCAUGCGCUGCGGGCUGCUGCCCAUCUCCCGCCCCGCGCUGCUGCUGGGAGACGUCGCCUACUUCGAUUUCCACGGGGAGGUGGAGGAUGAAGCCGAUCGGGUCGAGCUGCAGAAAUCCCUCGGCCCCACCUGUAAGAUCCUGGUGCUGCGCAACCACGGGGCGCUGGCGCUGGGCGACACGGCCGAGGAGGCGUUUUACAGCAUCUUCCACCUGCAGGCAGCCUGUGAGAUCCAGGUGUCGGCGCUGGCGAGCGCGGGCGGCGCCGAGAACCUGAUCGUGCUGGAGCGCACCAAGCACCGGCCGCACGAGGUGGGCUCGGUGCGCUGGGCCGGCAGCACCUUCGGGCCCAUGCAGAAGAGCCGCCUGGGCGAGCACGAGUUUGAGGCCCUGAUGAGGAUGCUGGACAACCUGGGUUACCGCACGGGCUACACCUACCGCUACCCCUUCGUGCAAGAGAAGAGCAAACCCAAGAGCGACGUGCUGAUCCCCGCCACCGUGACGGCCUUCGUGUUCGAGGAGGAGCCGGCGCCGGUGCCGGCGCUGCGGCAGCACGCGCAGAAGCAGCAGAAGGAGAAGACGCGGUGGCUCAACACCCCCAACACCUACCUGAGGGUCAACGUGGCCGAGGAGCCGCAGGGCAGCGCCGGCAGCCAGAGGACCAAGACAACGUGGCUGAAAGCAGACGAGGUGGAGAAAGGCAGCAGCGGGACCCCCAUCCGCAUCGAGAACCCCAACCAGUUCGUGCCGCUCUACACGGACCCGCAGGAGGUGCUGGAGAUGCGGAACAAGAUCCGGGAGCAAAACCGGCAGGAGGUGAAGUCGGCGGGGCCGCAGUCACAGGUCCUGGCCAGCGUCAUCGCCGAGAGCAGCCGCAGCCCCUCCACAGAGAGUCACCUGGGGGACGCAGAGGCUAAAGAGGCAUCGCGGGAGGAGGGACCCCCUGAACCGGAGCCCCCCAACCCCUUCAGCCAACUGACGGACCAGGAGCUGGAGGAGUACAAGCGCGAGGUGGAGCGCAAAAAGCUGGGGCUGCAGGGUGACAAGGACGUUGCGGCAGAGGAGACCCCGGUUGCACCCCCCAAAUCGCCCCCGGCCGCCCCGCCGCCCACGGAGCCCUUGGAGGGUGACAAGAAGGCAGACGGUGGCCAAGCGCCGGGUGACACCGAGGAGCCACCAGCCGUGAACGGGAAGGACGAGGAACCGAGCACCGAGGAGAGCAAAGGUGGGGGGCAGCCGACUGCCCCCCCCAGCACCGACACGGAGACCCCCAAGGAGAAGGAGACGGUGACCAGCAGCCCCGUGUCCCCCGAGGGGUCACCCUCCAAAUCACCCUCCAAGAAGAAGAAGAAAUUCCGGACCCCGUCUUUCCUGAAAAAAGGCAAAAAGAAGGAAAAGAUCGAAGCUUGAGGCUCCGGAGGGACAAGCCGCAGCCCCGCACCCCGGAGACGCGUCGCGUUCUGGGCAUGAGGCACCUCGCCCCUUGUCACCCGCUUCUGGCGGCCGUCACCGAGCUCACGAGACGAUCGUGGCCUCAUUUGCCACUGUCACCUCCCUCCUCUCCCGCACCCAGGCUGAGAGUUUGAUUCCUUCCCCACCCGCCGCUUGCAGAUCCCUUGAGAAACGCGGGGCACAGCUCGGAUCGCUUGGUUUGAGGAAGAAAAAGGUGUUUUUGUUGUUAUUUAUUAUUUUUUACCUCGUGUUUCAAGCUCUGCUGCACUGGCGCUGGCUUCACCCCAGGGAAAACUGUUGGAAACGGGAUCAAGCGGGACAGGGGAGGGAUCGUGAUCCUGGGCGUUUUUCCUUCCCGGAUUGUCACCGUCUUGUCCCCGGGUUGGAGAGCCGCUUUGUCCCCUUGUCCCGGUGCCACCGUCUCACACGUUCACAGGACGAGCAGGAUCUGGGACAGCUCGCGCCGCACCGCACGCACCGCACCUGGCAAGGGAGAAGCAAAAAGCCUCUCCGGGAAGAUUUUGUGUUAUUUAAAACUGAGCAAAACUCCACUCACUAAGUGCUACUUCGGGACGAACACGUGCUGCCAACUCACGCCAGGCACUGCCACCACCGCAGCCCCAUCCGCCAGCCACGCCGGAUCGCGGCUUUUCCCUGGCACGCGUUUCAAAUCCUCCAAACGGCGACAAAACCAUCGUUACAACCUCCCAGCAACACCCAUUUGCCCCAGCGCUGGGAUUUGGGGCACAAAACCAAUGGGUUUGCCAUCCUGGGGUGCUGGCCCCAAAUGUGCCCGUGGGGACCCCCAGAAUGUUCCCCUGAGGGCUCGGGGUUUUCUCACCCCAAAUAUGAUUUUCCCACACGCUACCCCCGUGUUUUUGAAGCCUUUUUGCUGCUGUGAGGCAGCUCUUGGGUUUUGUUUUCCCAUCUGGAAGAGCAGAAAGGCCGUGGGCCAGGCGGCAGCUUUGGGGGCAGCGAGAACACGGGGUGCGGGCAGGGAAAGGGGGUGCAGGCAGGUGGAAGGGAGGAGGUUUGCAGACACAGGCAGGGCUGUGAUUUGGAGCGUGCCAGGCAAAUUCUGCAUCAAAUAGUUAAAAUGUCACAAGUUGUUAAAAAUCACACAAAUCCACACCUGGCUGGGGUUUCCCCAGAACCCACCUCAGCCCGGUUUUUGGGGGGAACGUUUGACCUGCCCGAUGUCCCCCCUGAGCUCCAAUUCCCCAUCGCCCUCCCGCAACGCCCAGGGGGACCCUGAGCCCCCAAAUUCCCGCCCAGCCCCCGCGUUCCGUGUCCGUUCACCCCCAAGACGCAAACCGCAGCUCCGCACCCGCUUCCCACGGGCCGGCGUUUACUGCCACGGAUUUUCAGGCUUUUUGAGGCCGUUUUUGUCACCUCGCCUGUCCCCCCCGAGCAACCCAGGCCGGGAAAGCCGUGGCACGGUCAUUCCUGGGGCGAUUCCCUGAAUUCCAACACUGCCGCUCGCCCCACCGGCCCGGCCGGCGCUGCCUUUGUCCCCAGGGGUUUGGUGACCCUGAGGAAUGGGGUCUUUGCGGAGGAGACGGGGAUUUAUUUCCCCCCAUGGAAGUUCAGGGUGCAUUUGGCAUCUCUUACAGUGCAGGGAAGUGGAGAAACCGGUGCAGGCGCAGGGAGGAAGGUGCAAACAGCCACAGUGACACAAGUCCUUGAUGCUUGGCUAGAAACAAAGAUAUGAGGGGUCACACUGACACCACAACUCCCCCAUUUUUCAGGCACCUGAGUAACUCCGGAUCACCGUCCCCCUCUCCUCGGGCAGCGUUUCACCCACUGUUCACAGGCAGGAUCCCGCUCGCUGCUGCUUCUCCCCCCUUUUUGGGUUUUCCACAGGGAAACAGGGACGUGGUCCCGGGAAUUGCGGAUCCGCCGCCCCAGCACUCGUCGCUCUCCGUAUCUGAAACAAGAGCAUCCAGAUUUCCAUCUUCACGAGUUCACCGGGACUCGGUGCCUGUUUGGAGGGCGCUGGCAACAGGGCGGCUGCCAAACCCCCACGGAGCGGGACCAGGACCACGAGGUUCUGCCGCCCUGGGGCUGUGGCUGGGGGGGGAGGGGACCGUGGGGGUGACAAUGGGCAUUGGGGAACCCUGUGUGUAAAUAAACCCGAGUUUGGCACCUGGCA